CGAGCUUCAAGUGCAAGCUUGGGCCUCUCAUUCUCCUUCACUGGCUUCACUCUGCCUCCUGAUGAAAUCUCUGACUUCAAACCCUUCAGCGACGAUGAUAUCCGAAAGCACACUGUCUCAUUCUUGGGCCCUUCAUUAAUUUUCGGCUUGACUUUAAUUCACAGCUACGUGGAAUUAGCUUGACUUUUGUCGGAAGAUAUUGAAGCAGGAACUAAUAAGCCAAAGUUUCAAACGGAACCUACUCUGCCUAUAUAUCUAAAGGCAACGGUGAAGCUUCAUUUAGUGAUCAACGCCACCAAUAGAACAUGGCUAGCAAUAUAUAGCAUGGUCAGGUUCAGUCUUGUACAAAGUUUCAUUUCAUGUGGUCAAUGUACAAGACUACCCCUUAUUUCAAGUUAGCUAGGGAAAUGAUUAAUUAGUAGUACAGUACAUACGGUAUAUAUAUAUAUAUGUAUGAGUUGGUACUAAAAAUCUUCUGAAUUGCUUUUUGAUGCCUACAACAGGGCAUCAGCAUAUUAAUUUUAUUUCUCACACGCUUGAAAGACAUAGGUUCAGGCUUGGAACCCAUCUGGCUUUGAGGAUUUAGCUAUAUACGUGGCUUUAUAACAUGGUUUUUCUGAUAAAGAAGGUUCAAGGAUCUGACCUACAAGGUAGUGAUUAGAGGCAUGACAACAACUGAGGAGAAGGAGAUUUUGAAGGGGAUCACUGGUUCUGUAAAUCCAGGGGAAGUUUUGGCAAUGAUGGGUCCCUCAGGAAGUGGAAAGACAUCUUUGUUAAAUCUGCUUGGAGGCAGACUUAGUCAGCCCUCAAUGGGUGGCUCUGUCACUUACAAUGACCUACCAUAUUCCAAGUUCCUAAAGAGCAGGAUUGGAUUCGUGACACAAGAUGAUGUUCUGUUUCCACACCUAACCGUGAAAGAAACAUUGACAUAUGCAGCCCUCCUAAAGUUGCCAAAUACAUUAACGAAAGAUCAAAAGGAAAAACGAGCUUUAGAUGUCAUCAAUGAGCUGGGCUUGGAGAGGUGCCAAGACACUAUGAUAGGAGGUUCCUUUGUUCGAGGAGUGUCUGGUGGAGAGAGGAAGAGAGUUUGUAUUGGCAAUGAGAUCAUAAUCAAUCCUUCUCUUCUGUUUCUUGAUGAACCAACUUCUGGUUUGGAUUCUACAACAGCCUUGAGGAUAGUUCAGAUGCUACAUGAUAUAGCAGAGGCUGGUAAAACCAUAGUGACAACAAUCCAUCAGCCAUCAAGCAGACUCUUCCAUAAAUUUGAUAAGUUGAUCCUUCUAGGAAAAGGGAGCUUGCUUUACUUUGGAAAAGCAUCUGAAGCAAUGGACUAUUUCCAAUUUAUAGGGUGCACACCUCUUAUUGCCAUGAAUCCAGCAGAGUUUUUAUUAGACCUUGCAAAUGGAAACGUAAAUGAUAUUUCUGUACCAUCAGAGUUAGAGGAUAAAGUGCAGGUGGGAAAUGCCGAAGCUGAAACACAAAAUGGGAAACCAUCAGCUGCAGUUGUACAAGAGUAUCUGGUGGAGGCAUAUGAGACUAGAGUUGCAGAAAUAGAGAAGAAAAAGCUAAUGGUUCCUAUUCCCCUUGAUGAAGAACUGAAAUCUAAGGUUCAUUCUCUUAAAAGACAGUGGGGAGCAAGUUGGUGUGAACAAUAUUCCAUAUUAUUUAGGAGAGGAUUCAAAGAACGGAGGCAUGACUAUUUUAGCUGGUUGAGAAUCACCCAAGUUCUAGCCACAGCAAUCAUCUUAGGACUACUCUGGUGGCAAUCAGAUGCUAACGACCCAAACGGUCAGCAAGACCAGGCAGGACUGCUUUUCUUUAUUGCUGUCUUUUGGGGAUUCUUUCCUGUGUUCACUGCAAUAUUCACAUUUCCUCAAGAGAGAGCCAUGCUGACUAAGGAACGAGCAACGGAUAUGUACAGGCUAAGUGCAUACUUCGUGGCUAGAACUACAAGUGACCUUCCACUAGACCUGGUUUUACCAGUGCUUUUUCUCCUCGUUGUUUAUUUCAUGGCCGGUUUGAGACUCAGUGCAGGACCUUUUUUCCUUAGUAUUCUUACAGUUUUUCUCUGCAUUGUGGCAGCUCAGGGACUUGGACUUGCUAUUGGGGCUACACUAAUGGACUUGAAAAGGGCAACAACUUUGGCUUCAGUAACUGUGAUGACUUUCAUGCUGGCUGGAGGUUUUUUUGUCAAGAAAGUCCCCAUAUUUAUAUCUUGGAUUCGCUACAUAUCUUUCAACUACCACACGUACAAACUUUUGCUCAAGGUGCAAUAUGAGCACAUUACACCUAGCAUAAAUGGGAUCAAAAUUGAUAGUUGUUUCACAGAGGUUGCUGCUCUAAUAACCAUGGUUUUUGGUUACCGUUUAUUGGCAUAUCUUUCUUUGCGGUGGAUGAAACUUCAAGCUGGAGCUUAAAACUUUAUCCAGGCAUUGCAGGUCUACUUGGAAGAGUGAUAAUGAAUGACGACUCAUAAUUAUAUGUAAGGAGGACUGCCAAGCAUUGAUGGGUUGCAGCUUUUGACCCUUCUUUAUAAUCUUGUGUAUAUUGUAUUUCAUUUAGCAUUAGCAUGUUCAAGGAACAAAACCAUGCUAAAUGCUAUCACAGGCACAUCAGUAUGUGGAUAGUUCAUAGAAGAGUUGCUUUAUUCAAAACUAUUUUAACUCUUAGAAACGAACCCUUCUUGUUAGAGGUGUUUCGUUAACUAAAGCUUGUAACAGCAGUAGUUUAGAAUUAAAGGUGUUUAUGCCACAUAUUUGUAAGUUUCUAGAAUUUGAGGUGAUUAUGCUACCUACUAGAAU